CGUGGAAUUGCUUUUGUAUUUUCUUUUUUUCCAUCUUGUGAUGUGGGAGAUAGAGAUAGGUGUCAUUGAUGCAUUCCUCGUUCUUUUUCUUUUUGAUAUCUCCUCCAGCGAAAGGUCGUAGGUGUCCUGAGGAUGCGGAUAAGAGGUACAACAACAGGUCAAAACUGUACUGCGACAAGCUGUGGGCUGUCGACUGGGUCGGAGUGCCCGGCGAGCCCGGGUGCGGUGCUGCUGUAUUAUUGACGGAGGACGAAGGGACGACCUGGUAUUGUUGUGGCGGKAUCAUCAGGUCUGAAGUUGACAAGGCCACGGCGGACAAGGGUAAGGUCGACGACCGAGAUUUGAGGAAAUUCUUCCUCACUUCGGUGUACGAUGAGCAGGGUAUGAACUGGGUCAAGACUGACCACAAGGUCAGCCUUGACAUUGCUCUGUUCAAGGGGUAUGGUCAGAAGGCAUUCGAUAUGAAAGCCUUCAGCAGCAAGCGGGACGGGAAUGCUUCGAGGAUGCUCUUACCCAUUGUAUUCCUCACCAAGACCAAUGGGUAUAGGAGAAGUGGUCAAUACCCGACGGUCUCCGCUGGUUACCAGCUCUCGUUGCCUCUUGUGUCGUUCGACGCUCCAGGAGAAAGUCUCGCAGGCUUGUCAGCGUGCUCUAGCGAUCGGCGGCAGGAUGUCUCGACUCCGCAACCAUCGGUGUCCGCGAAGGAGAAACUCGUUACUUACCAGAGGCGUCCGAGCGGUGGGUCAUCGGGAAACGUUCCGAAGAAGAAGGUGCUCGACAAACCACCUUCCAGUCUUCCGGGAAGCUUGCGUGCCGGUAGAAGCUCGCGCUCGCAGGACACCUCCCAACGUCGAAUAGACGAGGAGUCAAGCGAGAAGACGGAGGACGAUGAACGGAUUUGCCGAUUGCAAUCCCAGUCACUAGCCACGCGAAGGUUCACCCAGGGCGAAGGCUCUUGCGAUAUGAAUGCAGAGCGGGAGGAUAGUAGAGGCGACGAAGCCCGGGCGAGGGGCGAUGGAGAAGACGAUGAGAAUGAAGGAGAAUGUGGUGGUGGGCAGGACCACAUGGAUUGCGAAAAGGCAGCGGCAAGCGGCGGGGUGCUCGGUGGUAAUGUGGGUGGUUCGGAGAUGGAAGACCAGGAUAUGGAAGAUGAGGAAAUGGAAGACGAGGAAAUGAAAGACGAAGGACAGGAUGUCGAUGUUUCCUCGGAGCUUACUUCGAAGGGGAGGGGAAAACGCACAGCGGAAUCGUCGUCGAAGCGAGCCGCGCCUAAGAAGCAGGCUCGAAGAAAAGCUGUGCAGGACGCUCGGCUCGCCUUGCAUGCAGCUGCUGGUACGCCUGGUGAAGCCGGUGUGGAAUCCAAAUCCAAAGCUCGGGUUUGCAAAACGUCGCAACCCAGGAAGCCUGUGCGGCCGUCGAGGCACCCGAAAUCGGAUGACUCGAGCGACGAUGCUGAAGGGGUGGCCCCUCGUUUGCUCUCCAUCCCUGACGACGACGAACCGGAGACGAAGAAACCCAAAGCGGUGAACAUGACGCAGUGCUUAUUCCUCGAGUACGACGAGGACGGCAAAAAGAGAAAGGACCCGCCUGGGGUGGUCAUUGACGUCAUGCAGAUUCUUUCGAUUCCGGUGGGAGAGAUCACCUUCAACCAGCGAGCGUCGAACCCGGCCAUCGUCGCAGGCAUCGAAGCGGCAAUUGGAGCAUCAACUCGCCCACAGUCUGUGGAUGAUCCGGCUCCGUGGGAUCCACCGGAGUUGGUGCUGGCUCCGAUUAAUCCAUCAAAGGACGCGGACGAACAAGGAACCCGCGUCCUUUCAGAGGAUUUCGACCCCGAACGGGCAGAUGAGUUUUUCUAUUACCCGGUUGCCAGUCAACAUUCUUCCAAAGCUAUGAAAAGAGCGCUGGCGAAGAACUCUGCAGCGGUGGAGGUGUUCGGCUUUCGGAAUUAUGAUCGUGUACGGAUCAUUUAUUUUGACGAUGACCAUACGAACGGGUACCAUUAUGUUUCCACAUAUGACAACACGCGAGGUGACCGUGCUAUGUUGCCAUCGUUCCACCAAGCCUGCGUGGACAUCAGAGGAUUUUGGGACAGCAAGAAACGGAUCGGGCAUGUGGGGAACGUGUCCAAAGGGGAUCCCAAGGGCUUGGAGCACCAGAAAACAUGGAGGGAAUUUUUGAGGUCGUGCAUGGGGAAGUCGUGUGAGAAAGCAUUGUGGACCGAGUGUAUCUCUGGGAAGUGGCAGCAGGACUGGACGAACAGAAUGAGGGGGUACAUGAAUGUCGCCACAUGCAAGGACCUGUGCCAUAGGCCUCAGAAUGGUGAUGAUGAGGUAUUGAGAGCGAAUGAUGUCGAUCUGAGGAAUAGAUGGGAUGUUAUUCACAGUUCAGGGGGUGAUAAUGACUGUAAUGAUGAUGAUGAUGACAGUAGUGAUGAGGAGGACAAUAACGGUGAUGUGAAUCACUGGAAUCAGAAGACUGGGGAUACCGACAAUGAUGGUGAUAAUGAAUCAUUGAAAUCGGGGCAAUCACCUCAAAAUGGUGAUAGUGAUCAUGGUGAUGAUGAUGAUGAGAAUGAGGAUAACGCUGAUCUGAAUCGUUGGAAUCAGAAGACUGGAGGGGAAGAAAGGGAAGAUGAGAACGCAGGUCUGGGCGGUACAGUCGUCCAUUGGGAUAAGAAGAUAAGUGACGCCAGGAGAAUGGAUUUCAAAGAUUCCAAGGACAUGAAAGGCAGUGAGCAGGAGGCGAUGACAGGCGCAGUUGUCUCAAAAUAAAAUUGUGGGCGGGUGUGGCAACACUCGCAAGGCUCCAUUCCCAAAAUUCGGUGAAUUUGGGAGUUGUUUGGCACGACCACCAGCCCUCAAAUAAAACAUAGAUUGAUGA